AUGGCCAGCGCAGUCCGCACCAUUGUGACGGCCAACAGCCUUGAGGCAACUCCCAACAGUUGGUCCAAGCGCCUCGGACCUUUGCAGCUUGACGUCUUUGCCUUGAAGUCUUUGAAUGAAGAAGACUUUUCCAAGAAGUCCAAGAAGAAGCCCAGAGAGUCCAAGGCGCAAUCAGAGGAGGACUCUGAGAUCGACUUGGAUCCGGUUAGUAAAGGUAAGCACGACUUCUACGGUGGCGAGGAUGCCGGUGACGACUCCUCUGGCGCCAGCGAUGAAGAUCGAACACUGAAGGAGGCCAAAAAGCUUGAGGAGCGCGGGCCGUGCGGAGGUGGAGAGAAGACGAUGAGAGAUGUCUUACGUAACGGUUUGUUGGAAGAGAAAGAGACACUUCGACAACGGCUGAAGGACGACACGGAUCCGCUGCUGGCUUUGCUGGGCCCCGAAGGGGACCGAGAAAAAAGCAGCACCGGUGCCGCUGCGGCACCAGCGGAGGCCGCGGAGGAGGUGGCUUCCGCGCGCUUCGAAUCGAUCUUCACCGAGGACGCUGAGAAGAGCAAGGUGCAACGAGAUUUGUCGCAGCUUUCAGACGCCAAGCGGAAGAGCUUGCUCAAGAAGGAGGCUCCGGAGCUUCUCCCGUUGCUGCAAGACUUCCAAACCAAACUCGAAGCUCUGGAGCCGCUGGUGCCCUUACUGAAGCAGGGCUCCAUGUUCUCACCCUCGGGCGCUUCCUACGUGGAUGCCAGGAUCAGCCUGCUGUUGAAUCAUCUGGCGAAUUUGUCCUUCUAUUUGAUGAUGAAGGCUGAAGGAAGCGAGGUGCGUUCUCACCCUGUGGUCUCUCAGCUGGUUUGGCUUCGGGAGCUUGAUGAUCAUUUGAAGCCUUUGAACCAGCGGUUGAACAAGAAGUUGCUCAAGGCCGCUCGUCAGGCCUCACGGCCAGCUGCCAGGCCCAGGCCCGCACCCGGGCUCGAGGCCCCGCGGGCGGCCGUAACGGCGAAGACGGCGCCUGUGAAGGCGCUAAGCUUGGCUGAGCGGCUGGAGAAGCUCCGGAAGGCGUGGAAGAUGGCCAAAGAGGGCGAGGAAGGAAAAGCGGCAGCUCCAGCACCGCGCUUCACGGAUCCCGGAUCGCUCCUCCAGUUGCCGGGGAAGCGCCGGACGGCCACCCGAGCCGAUGGUCCUGCGGAUUUAGAUGAAAUCGAUCCAACGCUCGGUGCAUGGUUGCCCUCAGGUAGCCUUUCUCAACAGCUUUCUGAAGUUCAGCAACACCUGCGGGAGCGAAAAGCCAGGGCGGUGCCACAAGCUUCAGACAAGAACCCGGAAGCCCGCUCACGGGCGUAUCGGGAGCGGAUUCGAUCGGAAGCAGAUGCCGACUUACAGGCAAACGGACUUGCGGCUGCAGAGGGGGAGGAGCCGGAGGAAAGUGAAGAUGACAAUGAAAUGAUUCGAGAAGCCAAGGCCAAAGCUAAAGCCAAGAAGGAGAGGAAGGCGGCUGAAGCUGCAGCAAAAGUCAAGGCGAAAGUGGCAAAGCAAUAUCGCCCCGAGAGCAACGUGGAGGGCCGUCGUGGCACCAGCAAGCAGAUCUUGGAGAACCGUGGAUUGGUUCGACACCGAAAGCACAAGGCCGGGAAUGCGCGUGUGGCCAACCGCGACAAGUACACGAAGCUGGUGAAGAGGCGCAAGGGAGCCGUGCAAGAGAUGAGAGAGGCCGCUGCAGAUGGGGCAACCUACGAGGGAGAAGCCACAGGCGUUCGCACCAAUCUGCGAAAGUCAUUGAAACUUGGCUAA